AUAUGUUUAUGUUUUCUUAAUUGGGCACAGCUGAGUUAAAGUGAAAAUACAAAACAAAUUAUUUUAGUUUUUAAUAGUUCUCAGGGUUUUGCUUGCGAAGUGUGUAUGAAAUCGAACAAGUUUCUGUUUAUGUUCUUAAAAAAUUAUGUAAUUUGUUCCUACAGAGAGAAACAUUUUAGGGUUCUAAAUGUUCCCCCGAAUUUUUAGAUCCGACACGGAAAAUGUUGCUGCUAACCGGAAACGUCAGAUCGAUACAUUAAAAAUUUUUAAUGACAAUGUGACGGAGCUGCAGGAAGACGCAGAGUACCAGGUGGAGUUCACGGCGGCUGGGGCUCCCAUGGCCGUCCUGGUGACCCUGGGCCCGGACUUCCCCCUGGAGAAGCCCGUCCUCAAGAUCACGCCGCCCGUGGUGCACCCCUGGGUCAGCGACCAGGGGGAGAUCACGUCGGCUCCCGGACUGCUGAACUUCACGGUGCACUCGGACCUGGGCCGGGUCGUUCAGGCCAUCAUCGGCGAGUUCAGCCGCAACCCGCCCUCGCUCUCGAGCGAAGCGGCCGCCGGCGUCAACCACCGGGGGUCGGACAGAGCGACGAGCGACCAGAGCUCACCCGCGCCGGCGCCGCCCUGGGGCCCGGGCGGCGGGGCCGGUCCCCGGGGACCCGCCCUCUUCCCGGAGCUGCUGGACCUGGGCACGGAGGAGCUGAGGGCGCUGGACGCCAGCGCGGACCGCCGGGAGGCCUUCCUGCGCGGCCUGCCGCAGACGAGCGCGCUCGACGCCCAGGUCGCGAGCACGAUGGCCGGCACGGAGGAGCUCGCCAAAGGGAAUCUUGCUCGACGGCCGGAGCUGGAGAGGCUGAGGGAAAGCAUCGCUGACAAGAUGGAGACCUUGCGUGCUCUGAAGAACUCUUACGAUUCAUUGAGUCAGGAUUACCAAAGAAUAUCUGAGAAAUAUGCACCAGAAAAUAUUAGGGACUUGUUGCGUCUCGCUGCGGCAGAGUGCGAUGAGGAGACGGACAGGCUGGCAGAGCGGUUCCUCGCGUCGAACAUCGACGUCGACGAGUUCGUCAACGUCUACAUAGAGAAGAAAAUGCUUAGCCAACUGCGAAAAACGAAAGAAGAGAAGCUGACGAGCCAACUGAAGGAGCUGCAAAGGGCCGGGUACUGAAUGCAGAGUGAGGUGCGAGUCUCACGUGUUUGCAGCUGGCAUGAUUGACUUGCUGUCGUCUGCAGUUUCGCACCAACUCACCUGUUCCUAGAACUACUGUUGUAAAUAUAUUAUAUACAUCCAGUAA